UUCCGGCCGAGAGUCGGCGCAGUGCGCCGGCGCGCAUCGCAGGACGACGGCGGGCGGGCCUGAGUGGCUGCGUCUCUGGCGCCGUCUGUAAAUGGCGUUGGUGGCGGGAAAGUUGAGUCUCUCGUGCGCCCAGCCUGCGGGGCGAUGUGUAGUGACUUCCGUAGGGCUGAGUCUGGGACCGAGCUCCUUGCCCGACUUGAAGGGAGAAGUUCCUUAAAAGAAAUUGAACCGAAUCUGUUUGCUGAUGAAGAUUCACCUGUGCAUGGUGAUAUUCUUGAAUUUCAUGGUCCGGAGGGAACAGGAAAAACAGAAAUGCUUUAUCAUUUAACAGCACGAUGUAUACUUCCAAAAUCAGAAGGUGGACUGGAACUAGAAGUCUUAUUUAUCGAUACAGAUUACCACUUUGACAUGCUUCGGCUUGUUACAAUUCUUGAGCAUAGACUGUCUCAAAGCUCAGAAGAAAUAAUAAAACACUGCCUUGGAAGAUUUUUUUUAGUCUGUUGUAACAGUAGCACCCAGCUUCUGCUCACACUUCACUCACUAGAAGCUCUGCUGUGUAGUCACCCCUCUCUGUGCGUCUUGAUUCUGGAUACCCUGUCGGCUUUCUACUGGAUAGACCGAGUCAAUGGAGGGGAGAGCGUUACCUCACAGGAGUCUACUCUGAAGAAAUGUGCUCAGGUCCUAGAGAGACUUGUCAGUGAGUAUCGCUUGGUUCUUUUCGCAACAACACAGAGUAUAAUGCAGAAAGCCUCGAACUCACCAGAAGGGCCCGCUUUGGCCUGUCAGCGUCUUCAUGAACCAGAUGUUGACUACAGACCCUAUCUCUGCAAGACCUGGCAACAAGUGGUAAAGCAGAGAAUAUUUUUCUCCAAACAAGAUGAUCCUAAAAGCCACAAACAAUUCUCAUUAAUGUCAUGCCAUUCAAAAAGUAACAGUGCAAAAAACCAUUUGUUUGUUAUUGGAGAAAGUGGGGUUCAGUUUUGUUGACAUGUGUCAUAAAAUAGUCUUUUGCAAGCUACAGUGCAAGUCUUUAAAAGUUUCUUACAGGCUAGGGUGGUUUGAGUCUAAAGUGUCAAACGGGGCUGGGGAUUUAGCUCAGUGGUUUUGCUGCCUGCUGUGCAAGCGCAAGGACCCGAGUUUGAUCUCUGGUACCAAAAAAAAAAAGUGUCAAAUAGGGGUGGGGGGGAUUAACAUAACAGUAUUUCUGCACUGAAUGGAUUUCAUUUCAUUUCUUUUCUCUCUCUCUCUCUCUCUCUCUCUCUCUCUCUCUCUCUCUCUUUUUCUCUUUCUUUCUGUUUUCUUUCAGCCAAAUUUAUGAUCCUGCUACCUCAGCCUCCCAAAUGCUGGGAUUAACUGCAUGUGCUACCUUACCCAGCUUUCAGUUCUGUAAUUCUUUAUUGUGUUAUUAUUGUCCUCAGUACCUUGCAAGAAUUUUGUGUAGCUUUACUAAUUGUUUUCAUUGGAAGGUUUGUUCCUCAUCCACUCAGCUAUUUUCAGAAGUUAUCCAAAUCCAGCCGGGUGUUGUGGUGGUGCACCCACUCAGGAGGCUGAGGCAGGAGGAUCAUUGUGAGUUUGAGGCCAGCCUGAACUACAUGUCGAGACCCUGUCUCAAAAAAAAAAAGGAGACAAAAGAAUAAAAUGUUGCAUAUUUUACCAUAUAAACUAAUAGUAAAUAAAACAGGGCAUUUUUAAAAUUUAAUGUCACUUUCUGUUUCUUUUAUUUUAUUGGUAAAGAUGCUAUGAAAGAACUUUGUAAAUAACUGAGAAGCGAAGCAGAUGGCCAGACAAGGUAGAAGAAAAGAUCCAAUUAAUCCACAAACUAUAGUUCACCUGAACAAUGGAGAAAAAAGAAACUUCCCCCAAAUUAGGUGGGCCAGACAUUCUUCUCCUUAAAGGGCAACCCCAUUUCUGGCAUUAUAUGUCAUUUCUCCCCUGAAGCAAAUGUCUGUCUAUGGAAAGAAUAAAGUAAUGAGGUUCGCCAUCAGGCAUCACCAGGCUUGUUCUUGACCUGGUGUCCUGGGGUGGACAGACCAUAUCUCAAGCUAGGGUUAGGUGGCACCAGGCCACCUCAUAGGAAGGAUCAGAGCCGAGUCACAGAUCAAACUAAAUGCAACUCUAGCCUGGCAGGGUGAGCAGCCAGAGAGGAUGCCAAGAAGGAGGCUCAGUGGGAUUGGCAGACAAGUGGGCCACAGGUCCAGGGGUGUCAGAGACCCGGCAAGGUGCUGGCAGCUGGAAGGAUGUGGUUCGAUGUCAAAAGGUGGGCAGGCUGCUUUCCUUUCCUUCUCAUCCGAGCCAGCCUGGCUCUGGAUAGGGCCUGUUGGGAAUUUCAUGCUGCUUCCGUGGCAAAGAGGGAUGGGGCUCCGACUUCUCCCGGCAGAGGCGAUCACAGCACCCAGACCACACCAGUGUGGUGUUUCCGGGGUUGAUCCGAUGUCUCCUAAUCAUUGACAACUUCAGGGCAGGGGUGAUGUUUGUAGAAAAUAUCUCCCACUGUGCUGAAAGAGGACUUAAAUAUUCAAGGAGAGGAGCAUAAAGAAAAAGCCAAACAUACAGGUUCUCCCUGCCUCUCAUAACCACUGUUUAUUGUGACAGGGUCUUACUGUGUAGCCCAUGCUGGCCUCUAACUCUCAGUGAUCUUCCUGCCUCAACCUCCUGAAUGCUAGGAUUACAGGCAUAUGCCUUGCAUGGACUCUUCUCGUACAACUUUAACAAGCAACUUAUCCAGUGACACUUGCUUUUGCCUCCUUUUGAGAAUUUUGCAGAAAUGUGAUACUGAAUUGUUCAAAUUUCAUUUUUAAGCACUCAGAAAACUGAGAUUGAGCUGGAAUUUCUGUGGAUUUCAAAUAGCCCUUGUUUUAGUUUCUAUAAUUUCAUUGAAUGAAUCAAACUCUCCUAAGCAACAUAGUUCUGGAAGAAUUUCAAGACAGGGCGGAGGAUUUAGCUCAGUGGCACUGCACCUGCCUCGAAAGCACAAGGUCCUGAGUUCGAUCUCCACUACCAGCAGGGAGGGGGGAACACAAUAAUGAAAAUAAAGAUACUUCUCAUUUCCUUAAAAAAAAAAAAAGGAAUUUCAAGACAGUGGUUGCUUAUGUUCUCCAACCCUGUACCUCUCCCACCUUUGACCACGCAACUCAUUUUUUGGCUAAAAUAUUUUGUGUGAUGUAGUUUGUUUGAAUGCCAUUUUUAUUACGAUCAAACACAAGCAAAAGUAAACUAUAUAUUUUUAAAGGCUUCAUAAAAAGCAAAGAGAUAAACAAAAUUCAGGGGUGUGGUUCCUGGAGGGGUGGAGGGCAGUAAGGGAGAUGCUUCAGGUGAUGUUUGUUUUAGUCCUUAAAUCAGAAGCUUCUGCUCCUGAGUUUGCACUGUUCUUUGCUAACUCAGGUGUGUGAGAGAGAUUUAUAGGACCAGAUUUUAGAUUAAAAUGAUUUUUGAAAAAUACAAAGUACAAACUAUAUUUAAAUGCAAAAAUUUUAUUUCAUUAAAAGACACAUUGUGCACUGGGUGUGGUGGCACAUGCCUGUUGGUGUGGUGUUUUGAGACGGUUUCCCUUUGUAGUUCAGGCUGGCCUUGAACUCACUAUGUAUCCCAGGAUGGCCUCAAACUCAGCAAUUCUCCUGCUUCAGCCUUUGCUAAAGUAUUUUGAAUCUCUUUAACUAUCCUUGGGAUUAAAAAUUAUGGAAUUAAAAAAAAAUUAUGGAAUUUAAAUACCGUAUAUAUGCAAGCAUGGUGGCACAUACGUGUAAUCCCAGCACUCAGAAGGGAGAGGCAGGAGAAUUGUUGAAAACUCAGGACCAGCCUUGCUACAUAGUGAAUUCACGGCCAUGUUGAACUACAUAGUAAGACCCUGUUUCAAACAACAACAACAACAAUAUGUAUAUUGUAUGUAUUUCUCACCAAAGAAAAACCUGCAAAGUAGUAAGCUUGGUUUGAGUGAAAUAAAACAAGUUAAUUCUUUUUGGG